GAUCCAUGCAAACAGAACUACAAAGAGAUGGAAGUAGGCAAGUAAACUAUAACUACGUUAUUUCCGGGAUUCCUCCACCAACUCUAUCAGCGGGAUCCCUCCACCUCUUCGCCUUCACCAGGCAUAUAUAAGAACCCAUCUCCUUCAGCAGAGAUGCGGCUUACUUGGUCCUCAACAGCUCCUGCUUCUUAGCACAAGCAUAUCUUAAACAAUCCGAUCUAUUCAAGCAAUCCCCGAGCAAACAUGACCACCACCCAGAAAACUCAGGCUGAAGACCACUUCAACAAUUGGCCCAACGUUCAAGGCUUCGAUGCCAAUUACGAAGUCAAAGACCCCGUCGAACUCCCAGUGGAGGGUAUCAUUCCUGCCUACACGGCUGGCACGCUGUACCGCACCGGGCCAGGAAGUUACAAAGUCGACACUGAGCAGGGGGAGACGGUCGAACUCAGCUACUGGUUCGAUGGAUACAGUCAAACCCAUCGCUUUCAGCUCGUCGCCUCUGAUGCCGACCACCCCCUGCGAGUCUACUACAACUCUCGCUUCUCGGUAGACCACCUGAUCGAAGAAACCCGCAAGUCAGGGAGCCUAAAACCGACCACCUUCGGCCAGAAGCGCGAUCCCUGCAAAGCCGUCUAUGACAAGGUUCAAACCGAAUACGAGCCAGCCAGCCAGUCGACUCCCCCUCACCCCGCCGCCGUGAACGUUGGGGUCACUUUGUCGGUCAAUAUGCCCGGCCUGGGGACCGAAACCAGUGACCGCUGGGACACGUCGACGGGGAUCAAGACCCUGUGGGCCAAGACCGACUACAACAUCUUCAAGCAGCUAGACCCCGUCACCCUGGAGCCCCUCGGUCUCGCCCGCCAGCAGAACCUCCAUCCCGACCUCACGGGCGAAAGGGCCGCCGCGCACGCCCGCUCAGACCCCAAAACCGGCGAUGUCUUCAACUACAACCUCACACACAGCCGGGAACCCACGUAUCGCGUCUUCCGCACCUCCGCAUCCACCGGCGAGACCACGAUCCUGGCGACCUUCCCCGCCACGCCCGCUUACCUGCACUCCCUCUUCCUCACCGAAGACUACGUGAUCAUCUGCGUGUGGAACGCGCAUCUGGACGUCUCGGUCUUCGACACCCCCGUCCACAGCGUUCUCGACGCGAUAGAGCCAUUCGACCCCACCAAGCCCUCAAUGUGGUAUGUCAUCGAUCGCCAGGGCAGCCAGGGCCUGGUUGGCACAUACACCGGCCCGCCCUUCUUCUGCUUCCACAGCAUCAACGCCUGGCAGGAACCGUCCGCCUCCAGCAGCAGCAGCGGAGAAGACAUCGACAUCGUCGCCGACCUCGUCAUGUUCGACAACCUCGACUUCCUCUUCUCCCUGUACUACGAGAACCUGCUCUCCAACACCAGCCCCGCCAAAGCCCGCCUCGGCGCCCCCGGCCGCACCGACACCACUCGCUCCACCGUCGCCCGCUUCCGCCUCCCGCUCAUCCCCGCUCCCGCAUCCCCAAACCCUCACCCACAAAAAGCAAUCCUCGAACGCACCACAUGCAAACCCAUCUCCCCCGAGCUCCCCACCCUCAACCCUAGCUACGUCACCCGCAAGAACCGGUACACCUACUCCAUCGGCGCCCGCGGCGAGUCCACCUUCUUCGACUGCAUCAUGAAACUCGACAACGACCACCCGGAGACCCCGCAGAUCUGGGUCCAGCAUGCGCAUUCCCCCGGGGAACCGAUCUUCGUGGCGGACCCGCAGGGCACGAACGAGGAUGAUGGGGUGUUGCUGAGCGUGGUGUUGGAUGGGCAUUCCGGCAAGAGUUAUCUGCUGUGUCUGGAUGCGCGGGAUCUGUCCGUGCUGGGGAAGGCGAGGGUCGACGGGCCGGUGGCGUUCGGGUUCCAUGGGCAGCAUGUUCCUUUGGCCGGGGGGAUUCCGACGGGUGAUUAUUGAAGUAUUUUGGGCACAGUCGACUGUCUUGGUUCGAAAUGGUGGGGUGCUGGAUUUGUUAUCGUUUGUCUUCGUGUUUUUGUCGGGUUAAGGUUGGGUGCUUGGUGGCGAUAUCUGCUCUGCUUUGCAGGCCCAGUGAGCUCCUUAAUGAUGAUGAUUACGCUUUGUUUACUUGAUUGCGUCAGAAUGCUAUGAAU